UGCUCAUAAUCUGAUGUUUAGGAAAGACUAAGCACCACAUACAACUUCUUUCUUUGUGAUCUUACUGUGUAAUGGUGGAUAUCAUGUUUUAAGCAUAUGUACCAGUGUGUGCACCCUUGGAAAAUUGGUGCAUUGAAUUCUAUACAAGCAAAUCUACAAAAUAAGGCUAGAAAUAAGAUGCUACAGCAUUUGACAUGGAGGAGAAAAACAUGAUUUGUGUUGUCACUACAAAUAGAAAAUAGCAAUCUCAUUUCCAACCAAUAAAUUUACAAUUCAGAUACAAAAAGAAAGAAAUCAUGAUGCUUGAUACAAUUGGUAUAUUCAUACUGAUUGGUGUACUGCAAACAAGAGGAGCAUCUGAACCUGCAACACAGUGUCCACAUUGGUGUAAAUGUGAAGCUUCUGGUGUCCUCUGUGAGGAAGGAGGCAUACCCCAAAUGGAGCCAGAGAUCAAAACCUUUAAUCUCAACAAUGCUACUCCACCAAUUCCUGAACUCUCUCCUACAAUCACCAAACAUCUGCAGCACAUGGUCUCUGUUGAUUUUAAUGCUGCUGGUCUGACAACAAUACAACCUGAGGCCCUGAGGGUCAUGGAGCAUCUUGAAGAACUCAGCUUAACAAACAACAACAUUACAGUGAUCUACAAUAAUACUUUUGUCUACUGCCCUUCACUUGUGGAUCUAAACCUUGAUAACAAUAAUAUCCAGAUUAUCCAGGAGGGAUCCUUUACAUCACUUCAUCAACUUCAGAAGCUGAGUUUGGCCCACAAUAGCCUGAUCGCCAUACCAACAAGCCUGCCUCCAUACCUGGAGUUUCUCUCAGUACAUCAUAACUUGCUCCCAGAAGCUCCUCAGCUCAACCUUCAUUACUUAACAAAUCUAAACCUCUGCUACAAUCUGAUUACACAUAUCAAUCCCAAACAGAUACUCUUAAAAAAUCUGAAGAACCUUUGUCUUGGAGGAAGCAAGUUCAUUAUCAAUAGCAGGCUUUUCACUCAUGAGCAAUUCCCUAUUCUUGAGAGUCUUCACCUGAAGGGAACUUCUCAGGAGUUUCUGGAUAUACCUGACAGAGCACUGAGGAAUAUACAAAACAUGUCCACCAUUUCACUAACCACACUAGAGCUUGACUACUGUAGUAUUGCAAGUUUAACUGCAUUUGAGCACAUGAGCACACUCCACGCCCUCAGGAUGACAAAUGUAAUACUCAUAUCUACAAGAAUGUUUGCUCCCAUCUUCAAGCUUCCUCUCAUAACUGUCCUGGAUUUCUCUGGGUCACCUGGUCUAGCUCAAUCUUUUCUUGAAUCCCCACCUACAAGAAUCCUAAAUAGUUUGAAAAUUCUACGCAUGCGUGGGUGUCACAUCACUAGCCUGCCACAAUCUCUUCAAAAGCAUAAGCUACCCAACAUCACUCACCUUGACAUCAGUUUCAAUCCUUUAAAGUGUACCUGUGACCUCUCUUGGAUUCCAGAUCAUGUAAGGGAAGGGAACCUUGUCCUUGAAAAUGAAGAGUACACCAUUUGUGCAAACCCAGAACACCUUCGAAACAUUACCCUACUGACUACCACCCUUUGUCCUAUUUCUAGAACACUUUCAACUAUACCAAACCCUGAGUUAACAGUAAGCACACAGAAUAUAACACCAACCUCCUUUUUAAAUACCACAUAUGCAAACAUUCAAACAACAUCAACAGUGCAAGUGUUCCCAGAAUGGUCAACUGAGUCAUCUGGUGAAGCUUCAAAGACCAAUACACCACAUCCUGAUUCUGCACUCAACAGACCAAUCAUGUGGUUCAGUGUAGAAAAAAUACUAGGCAUCUUUGGUGCUAUAGCUGUUUCCAUCAUAGUAGCAUAUUUCUUGGUGACUUUGUUAAAAAACCUACAAAACCACUAUAGAACAAGAAACUUCAAUGUUUGUAAUGCACACUAUAACUCUCAACAACAACUCACUCUACAUGCUAUUUAAGAAGUACUGAAUUUAAUAACAGAAGUUGCAUCCUUUAAAAAAACUCAGGUUGCAAUGAAAAUGACACAAAAAUCAUUGAGCUGUAGUAUUAGGAAAGAGUGAAGAUUUAUUCCAGUCUUCAAUAACUGGUCCCACUCAGUUCAAACAGAGGAUGCAGUAUUCUAUAUACUUUUAGAAGCACCAUUGAGAAUACAUAUAUCUGACUAAUUCUAUUUCAGCCUUAUAAAGUUAUUGUGUCAUCACUAUAACGGGCACAUGUUUGUAUAGUAUAGUGGGAGGAAGUCAGUGAAACAAAGAAUCAGGGGAUACCAUCUUCAUAAGACCCAAGUUGUGCAGAAUGAUGUGUUUUGCCAUAUUGUUUGAUACUAAACUUAAUUUUAUACAUGGCUUUUAUCAAUAUGUUCCUUAUUCUUAUAAUUCUUAACAACAAUUCAAAUUCAAAGUACAUUUGUACAAAAUCCUGAUUCAUCACUUAUGUACUGAUGAAACUCAUGAAAUAAAUUCCUCUGUUCCACCUCAAGGAAACCUGCAAGCA